AUGGACAUUAAAAUUACGUGUGGACCUCGACGCACGUCAGCUCAUAUGCAACAUAUGUGCGGCACGGUCCUAGACUUCGGAGACCCUGGCCAACCUGUGUUGAGCUUGUCCCGCCCAGAUCACAACGGUUUCUAUGAACGUGGCUUAUGCUUGAGUUUAGCGAGUGUCCCAUUCCCUUUUGGUCGAGAGUAUGAAGGUCAAUUUCUGCGAAGAGCCGCCCGACUGAUUCGCUGCGACGAAAUCAGUAAGCACAGGGCUGUCUACGGGGAAACACUGCAUUCGGCCGUACAUGUGGUGCUCGAUGUCAAUAGCUAUGGCCCCAAAGGAAGCAAAUCUCUUAUCAAGAAAAGCGGUGGUCUAAGCCCGAAACUGUAA